GCAAGGUGGUUCCCCCGCGCUCCGGCAGGGGGCGCGGGCUCGGCGGCGGCGCGAGAGGCGCCCGUCAGGUGAGGGGCGGGAAACGCCCCCCGCGGCUCCGCGCUGAGGCGCUGCCCCGGCCCGGCCCGGGGAGCUGGGGGGUGCCGGCGAAGCGAGGGGAGAACGGCAGUCUCCGGUGACCGUGAGGGAGCGGGGAGCUGCUGCCCUGCCUGGGGCCGCCGCCUCACCGCCGGCGGCGUCGCGGCGGGACCUCGGCGGGGGCCGGUCACACCGCGGAAAGUCAGCUCCCGCAUCUGCAGGCGCUUUCUGGUGACCUCCGUUAACGUUUAGGCUGUUUAGAAAGACCUAGCGCGGCGGAAGCUCUGUUCCAGUCAGCAUACUGCUCUUUCACUGUUCCAUGUCUGUGGAUGAACAGGAAGUGAAGCGAGCCUAGAGAGGAACUUCUCUUACCCUUUAAUGAACGUCAAAAAACAGCACUGCCACGGCUGCCUACCCAGCAGACCUGCUUACGAGAGCCAGAGGGAUGGUGGUAGUUACGGGGCAGAACAAAGUGAGUGGAAACCCGGAUGAUGCCAUGUCGAGCUCAGAUGCGGAGGAUGAUUUCCAAGAGCCAGCCACUCCUACUGCAACCCAGGCAGGACAAGCACUACCUCUGCUGCCCCAGCAGUUUCCAGAAGUUGUUCCACUAAACGUAGGAGGCAUGUAUUUUACAACAAGACUGUCAACACUGAGACGUUAUGAGGACACAAUGUUGGCGGCUAUGUUCAGUGGAAGACACUAUAUUCCAACAGAUGCUGAAGGCAGAUACUUUAUUGACAGAGAUGGAACCUACUUUGGAGACAUACUUAACUUUCUACGAUCUGGUGACCUGCCACCAAGAGAACGAGUGAGGUCAGUUUACAAGGAAGCUCAGUAUUAUUCUAUAGGACCAUUGCUAGACAAUCUAGAGGAUAUCCAGCCUCUUAAAGGAGAAAAAGUUAGACAAGCUUUCCUGGGCCUAAUGCCAUAUUACAAAGAUCAUUUGGAACGGAUAAUUGAAAUAGCAAAGCUUAGAGCUAUGCAAAGAAAAGCAAGAUUUGCAAAACUGAAGGUCUGUGUCUUCAAAGAAGAGAUGCCCAUCACUCCCUAUGAAUGCCCACAUUUCAAUUCUUUACGUUUUGAAAGGAGUGAAAGUGAGACAAAGCUAUUUGAACAUCAUUGUGAAGUAGAUGUAUCUUUUGGCCCCUGGGAGGCUGUGGCUGAUGUAUAUGAUCUUCUGCACUGUAUUGUGACAGACCUGUCUGAUAGAGGGAUAACUGUGGAUCACCAGUGUAUUGGUGUGUGUGAUAAACACCUGAUAAAUCAUUAUUACUGCAAGCGUCCUAUCUAUGAAUUCAAGAUUACUUGGUGAGGAUCAUUGUCAAGUGCAGAGUUUCAAGUCCAGAGCUUAAAUUUUGAAAUGGAGGGAAGGAGGCAAUUACAUGCAUUUGGAUCUCAUUUUAACUUCAUUUAAAUUGUUUUCUUAAAUAUUGGCCUUUGUUACAAGUUGUUGUAAUUGUGUUUUGACAACCCAAAAUGAAAAGUCAAACUGAGACUAGUAAAGUUUCCCUAAAAUGAGAGGAAGCUUGCAUGGUUUCUUCACUACUGUGCUGGCUUAAUUUGUUUUAUUUAUUUAAUUUUUUUUUCGGGGAAUCUUAAACUGCAAACCACAAUGUCUAGUAAAAUGAUGUAAGAUCUUAAAGCUGAGGCUUACAAAGUUUUGGCUGCUUGUACACUCUAGACAUUUAUGUUCAGGAUUUUCAGCAUCAGUUUAUUUUGAGACUGCAAUGAGAAUUGCAGUUUUACUGGAUUAUUUGGUGGUUUUUUGCAACUUCCCAUAUAUGUAUUUACAUGGGACAUAACUCUGGUUUGAAUUUCAGCACUACUUGCAGAAAUGGAACAUAGUCUGAUUUAACAGUAUGUUUUUUGGUUUGGCUUUUAAGAAUUUUUCUUCUGUUAUUCUAGAGAAGCUAUGAGUACAAAAUUUCUGUUUCAAUCAUGUUUGCUGUUUCUUAAUAUGCAUACGCAGAUAUUUUAGAACAUUUUCCUGUUUGUUGCUUAAAUAAGUAAGGAACAUUACCUAACCAAAAAGAUAACAUUCAAAUCUUGGUCUGUAUCAGUUUCAUCUUAAUUGAAGCUUUCAUCCUUCAGAUCCUCCAGAAGACAGCAAACAUUAAGUGCAAUAUUGAAAAAGAAAACAUGGAUUUGAGCCAACAUGCUUUCAUUAAACACAUACAUUCUGUAUUGUGAUUUGUGCAAGUUAACAAUAUUGUUAUUGACUACACUUGUUCUAAGCAGUCGUUGUUUACAAUGAUUUAGAUGAUAUUGCCUAAUAUGUGUUCAUUUUUUGACAGAAUGGAAGAGUUGUGCAGGUGGAUGUUAGGGGAGUAUAGUCUAAUAACUGGUUUAUAUAACAUUAUUGACUUAUUUUUUCUUGGCGUAUAGUGUAAUUUUUGAAAUUCUGCGUUUGCAACAAAAUGUGAGUAGCUGAAUUACGAAAUCCAUGUUUAAGAUGAUUGAUGUUUUUGUAUAUCAUGAAUGGUUUAUAAUUGUCUAAUUAAACUAAAUGCUUCUGUAAUACUGUUUUUUUCUUUAGGACUUUUCUUCAUAUCUGGCUAGGCCAGAAGUUUCCUAGAACAUAUUUACCUAUUUCUCUAUGCUUCUCCUACUUAGCUUUUUUGCCCCUUGAUCAUCUACAUAGCUACUUUUGCACCCCCACACUCGUAAAUACCCUGUGUUUGCAAGCUGACACCAUGGACAAAUUGGCCAUGCAGUAAAUGGUCUCAUGUCAUCAAUAUAAUGUUGCUAUGAAUAUCAUGUUUGCAGAUCGCUAAGGUCAGUUCAUGUCAGUCCAUUUAGCUAAUACAGUUUGAAGGAAGGACAGUUUUAAUUUUGUGUUCUGAGACAAGACACAUACCAUUUUUGGUUCCAAACUGAUACACAGGAACAUGUGUGUUAGAAUCUACACUUUCCCCACCACCCCCACCCCCCGCCCAAUAAGAAGUCUCAAAUAUUUUCAAAGCAGGGAUUGCAUAUUUGGACUGCAGUGAUUACUCUGUUUUUUAUGAAUACUGGAGGUAAUGGUGGGGCAGUUGAGGGACAGUUAUUUAAAAAGUAGAAUUGUUAGCUAUUUUUUUUAGGUUGCUGUGUGUCUGAACAAAAACAUAAGAGUAAUCUUUUAACAUCUCUAUAUCUGCAUUGUCUAGUAGUUUUUAACAGGGAGCAAAGUGUCUUGGCCAGUUUCACAGCACAUGAAGUGUUUCUGCAUCUGUUUUACACUUGCAAAUUAGGAAGGAUACCUACUUGUCUAAGCACUCAGAAAUGACAUGUAAAGGUACCUAUGUUUCUGUGCAGCAUCCACUUAAUGACUUGAUUUCAAGAGUUUUAAAAAAAUCGAAAAUAACAUAACUUUUCAACUUGGUGUGGCCUUCUUAACUUGAAUACCACAAUACUCUAUGUAGUAAUCUGAACAUCUUUGAUCUUGGAAGCCUUUGAGCCAUUAACAGAUUCUCUCUCGUUCUUGUGGUGUGUGUUUUCUCCUGAGACUGCUGGAUUUAAAAUUUUUUUAAAGCUGAUUUUAACCAAAACCUGUAAUGAGGGAUCAGUUUCUGCACUGAUGAGGGUGUGGGUCCUUUGUUUUAUUUCGGGGGUUUUCAAGUCUUAGUUAUCUGAAUAGCAAAAGCAGCAAGUUACUGCAGUAGAAAGUUCUGCAUAUGCCCCUUUUGAUGGAUUUUUUGAGUGUUAGGAAGUCUGCCUGGGAGAUACCUCAUGAUGUAAUACAUGCAAAUACCUGAAUUUGUUAAUGGGAGUAUUUUUGAGAUUUUGUUGUUGUUCAGUUGUGUAAUACUCUUCUCUGAAAUUAGCAUGAGAGUUAAGGAUUGAGUUAAACAUCUGUUUUCCGAUAAGCCUGUUUAUGCCUUAGAUGUCCCCUGCCGCCAUUUUGUAAAAUCACCCAUCCCAGAGGUGUUCAGUGUAUGAAAAAGUAAAGGCUGUUACAGUUACAGGAAAAUCAAGAAUCUUCCUUGAUUCUCAACGAGUGCAUUAAGAGAAUCAGUACUUUUAAAUCCAAGUGUAGUCUCCAUUCUUCUGCUUGGCUUAGAUGCCUGAUGCUUCAACAGUGAAACAAAGUAGUCCCAGGGUUGUAUCUGGCGAGCACAAGUCCUUGACUGUAAAAGUCAAAGACUUCGGUCACAUGAGAAAUGUACUGAUUUGCAUGAGCACAUAAUCUGGCCUUCACAGAAAUGGUUGUUAAACUUCCAGCAAACUCUGAAGGAUGUUGAUAUUUUAAACUGUUCUAAACAAUAGCUUUGUUAAGCCCCAAUGUGUUUUGAGCCAGAUUGUUCCAAUGUAUGUAUUGUGAAAGACAGACAGGUUGGCCAGUUCUUUAAUUUAUGGUUCUCGGUAUAUCUGUUUUCCUAGUGAAAUCUGAAGCUUAGUGAGGUUGCUGAUCACUGCCCCCCCAGAACUGAAUACAGCCUGUUUCAAAUGUAUCCUGUGCAUUGAGCAUGUGCUGGCAUUUGCAAAUAUGAAAGUGGGAGGGAAUUAGUUCUGCAGUGUAUUUCCCCAGGGACAAUCCUCACUAGCUCUGAAGGAUGACUUUGGUGAAAUCCCGAUCCACACUCCCCCACAUCUCCAUUUGGUAGAUGAAGUGUAAGAGGCGUAAGGAGAUGAGGUGUUUAGCCUGAAGAUUCACAGUGAGAUAAUGACUCUGACUGGAUUCCCCCUUGGUUCUCACCCCUUUCUCUAACCUUUAAGAUGUACAACUCAUAUGUGCAGGAAAUGUUUUACUUCUCCCUGCUGCACCCUCAAAUUUGUUUGCAAGGUGAAUACUUAGUCUGUUUUAAACUAAAGAGAUUAUUUUAAUAUUACAAUAUGGUGACUGGUAGUGUUAAAGAAUCAGUCAAAAUCUUAUUACAGACAAAAUACCUGAGUAAAUUAAUUAAAACCCCUUAUUUAUAGCAUAAUCACUUUAAUUUCACUCUUCUAAUUUUUUUCUAAAGACUGUUAAGAAAUGUAAACUCUUACUUCUUUUAAGGACUUACAUCUGUUUCAUAGGAAUAUGUAUUCAAGCUAAGUACCAGUAUUUUGGGGUUUGAGGUCCUUGUUUACUGCUUGCUGUGAGCUGAAGGAUAAGUGUAUGAUUUCUCAUCUAUCUGCUUUUUUUCUUAAAAAAAAAAAAAAUAAAGUACUGAUCUAACUAAA